UGUUGUAUUUGUGCGUGUGUUUAUACUGUAUUGGCCUGGCUUUGUCAGUUCUAAAGAAAUGUUAUCUUCAAUAAAAGAUAAAUCAAAAAGGAAAUGCAUUUCAGACACCCUGUUCUAUCUGGAGGCACCACGUCAGUCUUGGAAGCUUUAGUAAAAUGAAGUUGACUUCGGAAACUUGAGCAGAUCCGCGCAGAGACCACAAAAGAGGAAGAAUGGUUGUUCUAUAGGCACAGUAAGCUGAGUGCCGGCGAGCCGUGUCCUCUGUAGGUGUGGGGGGUAGAGAAGGGACACGACGUUUCCUGUAGCUGGGGGUCCGGCUGCCAUGCUUGGACUGUGGAUUUAUCUGCUGAUCGCCGUCUGUCAGGUCUGUGGACUGGAGGCCAAUGACAGCUCUACUGCUGCAACAGAAGUAAGCAACGCAUCCAUCACAAGGAAAGAAAAUGGCACGGACAAUGGAGCAGUGGAAUGUGAUCCCAGAUAUCGCCCAUCAUCCGCCAAUAUCACAUGUGUGAAGUGCAAUGACCCUUCCCAAUGGAAUGAGACUGUUCGGUGUAUAAGGCUUUGUGAUAAGCCAGAAGCGAAGAAUUUGUCUAUCACAAGUAAAGAAAAGCCUUAUUAUGACAUCGGUGAUGUGGUGGCUGUGAGCUGCGACACUGGAUAUCGCCCAUCAUCCAGUAAUAUUGUAUGUGAGAACCAUAACGGUACCCUGCAGUGGAAUGUGACCGUUCAGUGUUUAGGACUUUGUGAUAAGCCAAAAUCCAAGAACUUGACUAUCACAAGUGAAAAGCUUUAUUAUGACAUCGGUGAUGUGGUGGCUGUGAGCUGCGACACUGGAUAUCGCCCAUCAUCCAGUGAUAUUUUAUGUGAGAGCCAUAAUGGUACCCCGCAGUGGAAUUUGACCGUUCGGUGUCUAGGUCAGUGUGGGAAACCAUCAGCAAACAACUUGUCCAUCAUAAGCCAUAAAAAAGAAUUCUAUGACAUUGACGACGUGAUAAAUGUGAGAUGUGAUCUCGGAUAUCGCCCGUCAUCCACCAAUAUCACAUGUGUGGACCGCGAUGGUCUACCUCAAUGGAAUAAGACUGUACAGUGUAUAGAGCAAUGUAAAAAGCCAGAAAUCAGCAAUGUGGCCACACUGACUAAAAAUAAAACCUACCAUAAUGUGAAUCAAUCUAUAAGAGUGAAUUGUACGGAGGGAUAUCGGCCAUCACAUGAGAAGAUGACAUGUGUGAGAAGUGGAAAUGAAUCUAGGUGGGAUCACACUUCACAGUGUAUAGCACAAUGUGGAAAGCCAAAAAUCAGAAACAAGGACACAUUAACUAAACACAAGGACUACUACAAUGUGAAUGACUCUAUAGAGGUGAAGUGUAAUGAGGGAUAUCGGCCAUCACAUGAGAAGAUGACAUGUGUGAGAAGUGGAAAUGUAUCUGAGUGGGAUCACACUUCACAGUGUAUAGCACAAUGUAAAAAGCCAGAAAUAACUAAUGUGGCCGAAUCGACUAAAUACGAGAACUACUAUAAUGUGAAUGACUCUGUAGAGGUGAAGUGCAAGGAGGGAUAUGGGGCAUCACAUGAGAAGAUGACAUGUGUGAGAAGUGGAGAUGGAGCUACGUGGGAUCACACUUCACAGUGUAUAGGAAUUACAACGACGGACUGGAAAGUCACCUCUACAAGCAUCGGCUUCCAAAUCCUUUGUACAUCACAUUGUCCUCAAUGGAGAUUCACGACUUGCUGUGAUUCUAUGCUGGGAAAUUAUACAUCGUGUAGCAAUUUCACUGAUAAAACAAAUGUGACGUUCACCAAUCUACAGCCGUUCUCCGAGUAUAAAAUCCACGCCACACUUUACAUGAAUAAUCAGUCGUUCCCUCGCCACAUCAGAAAGAUCAGGACAAAUGAAUCAGUUCCUGAUAAACCUAUGAUAAAGAAAAGUCCGACAAUGGAAAAUAAAACGAUGAGGUGGGAGCUGUCUGACACUCGGGGGAAUGUCACUGGUUUCCAGAUGAAUAUCUCCGCCUGGAGGGAUUACAAUGUGUCUUUUAUCAUGGAUGAGUCCAAAAGGUUCCUCCGUAACGUCACAGAAUAUGAAAUCCCCCUUCACCAUGGAACCAGCUACAACAUCACCCUCCAAGGAUUCACAUCGGCUGGAGCCGGAAAUCUUACAACUUUAUCUGUUGAAACAGAAAUUGGAGAUCCUCCUCGUCAUGUGGAGGGGACAAUGAAUCAUUCUACUGUACAGCUGCUACCGGUUCCCGAUCUCUACGGACCAAUCAGCUUUUACGAAAUAAUUGUCUUUGGUGGUCAGGAACACAAUAUGAGCGCAAACUGUCUGAGAUACAAAACCGUCCACUACAACUCCAGCGGGACUCCCAGUCAUUACACUGCGGCUGUUCUUCCGGCACAGAACCUUACCGAGGCCAGGCCCUUCCUUCCGGGGGAUAAUCAAUAUUAUAAUGGAUUCCACAACGCCCCUCUGAUCCCCAAACAUAAUUACACCGUCUACAUCCGGGUCACUAGCCAAUGGAAACAGGUGAAUAAAUCAUCGUGUGCCUAUGCUGGCUUCCUUAAAGCGGUGACAGUUCCUGAGCCUGCGGACAGCACAGUUCAGAUGAUUGCCGGGUCGAUAUCGGCUGUGAUUUUACUGCUCCUCCUUCUGAUCUUGGUGGUGGUAUGGAGGGUCCGGUCUUCAGGCAAAGUAAUGAGGUCAUCUGAUAUCCAAUUAAAGGUUCAGCCUGGACAUGGUAAGAAGAAAGAUAUCCCUGUGGAUAAAUUCCUGGAUGUUGUAAAGAGGUUCCGGAUGAUGGAGAUAGUGGACACCAAUGAAAAUGAGGAGGAAGAUUGCGCCAUUUUAUCUGUGGGGCGUUACCAGGAGUACCAGGAACUUCCAGGUGGGUUGAUGUACCUCUGCAGUGUCGCCAUGUCCCCUGUAAACCAAGCUAAGAAUCGAUACAAGAAGGUUUUACCGUAUGAUGAUUCUCGCGUGGUGCUGAGGUCCAGAUCAGAUUAUAUAAAUGCCUCCUACAUUGAUGGUUACAAGGCACCACAAUUCUACAUAGCAACACAAGGACCUAUUCCAGAGACGGUGUCUGACUUCUGGAGCAUGGUGUGGCAAGAAAACAGUUCUGUUAUUGUGAUGCUGACAGGGCUGGAGGAACAAAACAAAGUAAAGUGUGAGCAAUAUUGGCCAGAACAGAGUCAGACCUAUGGGGACAUCAUAGUUACUGUCCAGAAAAUUGUCCAGACAGGCGCAUUCACCAUUCGCAGCUUCAGCCUAAGGAAGGUGCAGUCCAUAGUGCAGGUGAUGGUGGAGCAGAUCCAUUACCUCCGAUGGCCGGACCAUGGAGUGCCCAAGAACACAUCAGACAUGGUGCAGCUUGUAGAACUCACAAACAAAUGUAACCCACCCGGAUCAGGACCUGUCAUUGUACACUGCAGUGCUGGGAUUGGCAGGACGGGCACGUUCUUGGCACUGGACAUUCUCCUGAAGAGGGCGCGCGCGGUGAAGAAGGUGAACGUGUACAAUUGUGUUCUAGAGUUACGGAAGAGGCGGGUAAAGAUGGUGCAGGAAAAGGAGCAGUACAUCUUCCUCUACAACGUCUUGCUGGAAACCCUUCUGUGCGGGUCCACCAGUGUCCCCGUGGUGAAGAUUCAGGAGCACAUUCAUCAUAUGUCUGUAGAAAACCCCGCAAACGGCGUCACCGCGGUUCACCAAGAAUUCCAGGCCCUGGAGAAAAUCACCGAAUUGUAUCAGAUCUAUCCAUGUAAAGAGGGGAGGAAACUGGAGCACCAGACCAAGAACCGCAACCCCGAUAUCUUACCAGGUGAUCAUUGGCGUCCCAUCCUGCUCUCCGCACUCACCAGACACGGAGCUCCUGGUUACAUCAACGCUGUGUUUGUUAAUUCCAACAGCCAGGAAGACGCCAUGAUCGUCACCCAACUGCCCAUGAAGCAUACACUGGCCGAUUUCUGGGCGCUGGUCUGGGACUACAAGUGUACAGCGGUGGUGAUGAUGCAGAGAGCGCAGGACCUGCAGGAGAACGGUGCCAGGUUCUGGCCGGAGAAAGGAGAGACCUGCUAUGGUGCCUUCAAAGUCAAGACGAUGGCGAAGAAUCAAGGACAUGGCUACACGACCUUAACGCUCAACCUGAGGAGGAGCAAAGGGCAGUCUGAUAGCAGCCUGGAGGUGAGACUAUUCCAGUUGGACUCAUGGCCAUUGGACCGAUCUGUGCCAGAAAAUCCUACAGUUCUCAUCGGCCUGGUUGGAGAAGCAGAGAAGUGCCAACAGCAGACAUCAGACAGUCACAUCUUGGUCACCUGCUGUGAUGGGGCCGGCCGGUCGGGUCUGUUCUGUGCCGGAGUCAUAACCUGUGACCAGAUCCGCAGUGAGGGAUGUUUGGAUGUAUCGCAGACCGUGCGGUCACUCCGGAGAAGACGCUGCCAAUUCAUCCCUACUGUGGAACAGUACUCCUUCUGCUACACGUUGGCUCAGAGUUAUCUGGAUUCAUUUGAAACGUACGGGAACUUCAAAUAAAAGAAAAAAAUAAUCGAGAUGCAGCCUUCCAGUGACAGGCCAUAUAUGAAUGCUAUGAAUGGAGCGACUUGAUCCAGGACUGGGACACACAGGAACCAGGACCACCAACAUUUCCGAUUAUGGCCAUAGGUGCGCAGAUUGCCUAUCCUACCGCACAGGGUCUUCAGAAUGGAUGACAGGAACCCAUUAGGGUGGGCAACAGGAAACUCAAUGGGGGGUGGUCAUGAAAAAGAGUGUCUACAUUUCUAUAGCUGAUCAUUAGUGCCCCUCUGUUGGGUAACAAGAGUCCGAUGAUGACGGUAGACUCUAUAACCACUUCCAUACCGGGGGGCCUAUUUUGGCACUCCUCUC